AUGUUCCAGCUGCCCAUGUUGAACUUCAGCCCCCAGCAGGUGGCCGGGGUGUGCGAGACCCUGGAGGAGAGCGGGGACGUGGAGCGCCUUGGUCGCUUCCUCUGGUCUCUGCCCGUAGCUCCCGCGGCCUGCGAAGUCCUCAACAAAAACGAGUCCGUCUUGCGUGCGCGCGCCGUUGUCGCCUUCCACACCGGCAACUUCCGCGAGCUCUAUCACAUCCUGGAGAACCACAAGUUCACCAAAGAGUCUCACAGCAAGCUACAGGCUCUGUGGCUGGAGGCGCACUAUCAGGAGGCCGAGAAGCUGCGGGGCCGUCCGCUGGGGCCCGUGGACAAGUACCGCGUGCGCAAGAAGUUUCCCCUGCCGCGCACAAUCUGGGAUGGAGAGCAGAAAACUCACUGCUUCAAGGAGCGCACGCGACACCUGCUUCGAGAAUGGUACCUCCAGGACCCCUAUCCCAACCCGAGCAAAAAGAGAGAACUGGCCCAGGCCACUGGACUCACACCCACGCAAGUGGGCAACUGGUUCAAGAACAGGCGACAGAGGGACCGAGCGGCGGCCGCGAAAAACAGGCUGCAGCAGCAGGUCCUGUCAGGCGGCUCGGUCCGCUCUCUGGCGGAUGACGACGGCACCGUGGACCGGCUGGGUCCUGCCUCCAGCCCGGAGGCCAGUCUGUCCAGUAAAGCAGCGGCCUCCGCCAUCUCUAUCACCUCCAGCGACAGCGAAUGUGACAUUUGA